AAGAUAUGCGUCCUAGAGAAUCAAUUGCAAGUGAUUGGGUGUCUGAUGAGUUUGACAAUUUGCUGUCACGGUUAUCUUCAACGGGUGACAAGGAAAAAUGCAAGUACCUCUUGGAGGUACUUGAUAGUUUGUGGGAUGAUUAUUUCGCUGAUAAGGUUACUGGCUUCUAUUUCAGUUCCACUGGAGAACGGAAAUUAUUCGACUCUUCAUUCACCAGAACCCUCCGUGAUGUUCAAUGGCUGGCAUCAAGUAUGGAUAAUGAGCUUCACUGUCCAAGGGAGUUAUUCCAUGAUUGUGACGCUGUGCGCUCAAUUUUUGGUGACAACGCUCCUUAUGCCAUUCCAAAGGUGAGAAGCAAAAAGUUGUUAACAGCUCUUGGUUUGAAAACACAAGUUACAGUUGAUGACACUUUAGCAAUUCUUAAAGUGUGGAGAGCUAAACUACCUCUGAGUGCUAGUUUAUCACAAAUGUCAAAAUUCUACACUUUCAUCUGGAGUAGGAUGAACACUUCAGAGAGGAAGGUUGUUGAAGAAUUAUGUAAUGGACCUUUUGUGUUUGUCCCUUGUAAGUUGGUUGCUUCACAUGAAGAUGUAGUACCUGGUGUUCUUUUGUCAUCUAAAGAAGUCUUCUGGCGUGAUUUAACUGGUUCCACUGACCAAGUGAAGAUGGUCUGCCCAGAAUUUGAUCCACAUUCAGUUCAGCACCCUUAUACCAAAAUGCUAUGUAGUGUUUAUCCAUCCCUUCAUGACUUUCUUGUGAAAGAAUGUGGAGUGGAUGAGUUCCCUCAUUUCCAUGGAUACCUUCAAAUAUUGCUGCAGUUGUCGGCUGCUGCUUUACCUUCACAAGCAGCUAAGAAUGUCUUCCAAAUAUUUCUCAAGUGGGUUGAUGAGCUAAAUUCAGGAUCUUUGAGUUCUGAAGAUAUUGGUUUCUUGAAGGAAGGUCUUUUGACAAAGGAUUAUCUGGUUCUUCCAACUGCAGAAGAUAAAUGGGUAUCUCUGAACCCAUCUUUUGGGCUCAUCUGUUGGUGUGAUGAUGAUAAGUUGAGGACGGAAUUUGAGUAUUUUGAUAGUAUUAAGUUUCUCUACUUUGGGCAACUCAAUGACAGGGAAAAGGAGAUUCUCCAAACAAAAGUUUCAAUGUUCUUGCGCAAAUUGAAUAUUCCUUCUCUAUCAGAGGUCGUAACUCGUGAAGCAAUAUAUGAUAGUCCAACAGACUCUAGCUUGGUUGCUUCAAUGAUUAACUGGGUUCUUCCAUAUGCUCAACGCUAUAUAUAUAACAUUCAUCCAGACAAGUAUUUGCAGCUCAGCCAGUCGGGAUUUCAAAACCUGAGAUGUCUGCAAGUUGUUGUUGUGGAAAAGUUGUUCUACAGGAAUGUUAUAAAAAGUUCCCACAUAGAAUCGAAGAAACGGUUCGACUGCAGUUGUCUGCUAGAGGGAAAAAUCCUACAUACCACUCGAGAAUCAGAUUCUCAUUCAAUAUUCAUGGAGAUUUCUCGUUUAUUCUAUUCUAGAGCUCCUGACUUGCACUUGGCGAACUUUCUUCAUAUGAUCACGACAAUGGCAAAGUCAGGUUCCACUGAGGAGCAAAUUGAGAUUUUCAUUUUGAAUAGCCAGAAAAUGCCCAAGCUUCCUGUAGGUGAAUCUGUUUGGUCACUUGCCCACAUUCCAUUGUCAACUGAUAGUGUGACUUGGCUGAUGACUAGUUGUGCUUUUAGAACAAUUGGUGAGACAAAUGCUCUGAAUUUCAAGAAGAAACCUGGAGGCAGCUCAAAUUGCCCACCUCGGAAAACUGACCGUGGUGUCCAUGAUGAUUCUCGUGCAAGUGUUAUUAAGACACAGGCAAGGAAGAAAGAGACUAUUGAAGAAGUUGUAGAAGAAACAUCUGAUCUGGCUCCAACUACUCAGAUCACUUGUGUUCCCAAUGAUGCUGUAGCCCCUGCAGCCUGCAAAACUAAUCACGGUUUCCUCGGUUCUCGUGCAAGUGCUAACGAGAAGCAGGCAGCCUGUGGGAUACUUCCAAGAAAGGAGGAGACUACUGUAGAAGUUAUAGAAGAAACAUCUGCUCUGGUUCCAACUGCGAUCACUUGUGUUCGCGAUGAUCCAGCACCCCCUGCAGACUACAAAACUAAUCACGGUUUCCUCGGUUCUCGUGCAAGUGCUAACGAGACACAGGCAGCCGGUGGCAUCCUUUCAAGAAAGGAGGAGACUAUUGAAGAAGUUAUAGAAACAUCUGCUCUGGCUCCAACUGAUCAUGGUUUCCACGGUUCUCAUGCAAGUGUUAUGAAGACACAAGCAACUAGUGGCAUCCAACCAAGAAAGGAGAACACUGUUGAAGAAGUUAUAGCAGAAACAUCUGUUCUGGCUUCAACUAACAUCCCUCAUAGUCGCAAUGAUCCAGCACCUGCUGCAGCUUUACUAAGUUCACAAGAUACUAAUCAUGUAUGUAAUUUGCUUGUAUCUUCUACUGUCAAUGCUGCAAGUUGUUCUCCUUGUAAUGUGACUGUACCACAAGACCUGAAUUAUAGUUCAUUUGAUAUGAGAGAAAGAGGUGGUCAGCCGUCCAUAGGCACGGGAAAUUAUCCUCAACAGGCAAUGUUAACUGGCAGAUUCUCCGAUCAUGUACAUAAUAAUGUAACAACACCACAAGACCUGAACUAUAAUUCAUUUGAUGCGAGAAAAAGAGUUCAGUUGUCUUUUGGCACGGGUGAUCCUCAACAGGCAUUGUUAACUGGCAGACUCGGGGAAUCUGUUGCUUUCAAAUACUUUGUGGGGAAACUUGGUGAGCCUUUUGUGAAAUGGGUCAAUGAAACUUAUGAGACGGGGCUUCCUUACGACCUUCUUGUGGCAGGUAAUGAGUAUGUAGAAGUAAAGGCAACUAGAUAAGCGACAAAGGAUUGGCUACAUAUCACCUUGAGGGAAUGGCAGUUUGCAGUUGAGAAAGGUGAACUUUUUAGCAUAGUACAUGUUGUAUUAUCACCUCAUAAUGCAGCAAAAGUGACAGUU